AUGGCCUCGUUCACUCAGCCCAAAGACGACUCAGUCCCGGCCACCGUGUCAACUCGCCCGUUCGACGACGACGGCUACCUACCUGGGCUACGACCCCCGACUCUCCUCCCAGCGAUUCGACUCCGAGUCGCUCAAGGACUCCGCCACCGAUUUCCUUAUCUUCCACGGCUCCGCCGUAGAGACGACGCUUUCGCCACUCAGCCGGCGUCGGAGGCCCUCUCUCCUCCGUCGAUCUACGCCGAAUCGAACGGCCAGGGCUUUGAUGGAGGGUUUGUGUUUCGCUCUCAGAAAUGGAAGAGGCAGAAUGCGAUUCAUCCCGAGAAGGAGAAGAGAGAAAAGGAGUUGUUGGUUCAAAUAAUUGAGGAAGCUGAUGAAUUCAAGGUGGGAUUCUACCAGAAGAGGAAGAUCACUACUGAAAAUAACAAGGCUGCUAACAGGGAAAGGGAGAAGCUGUUCCUGGCUAAUCAAGAGAAGUUUCAUGCUGGGGUAGACAAGAACUACUGGAAGGCAAUUGCGGACCUCAUCCCCAAUGAGGUGCCAGCAAUAGAGAAGAAGAGAGGGAAGAAGGAUAUGGAAAGGAAGCCAUCCAUUCUCGUUGUCCAAGGUCCAAAGCCUGGAAAGCCAACCGAGCUUUCGAGGAUGAGGCAGAGACUUUUAAAAUUGAAGCAUAAUACACCUCCCCACCUUAAGCCUUCACCUCGAGCCCCAGCUCCCACCAAGGAUGCAAAACCGAGUACUUCUGCUCCCCCCAAGGCUGCAGUUGUGGCGGCUACCCCCGAGGCUGUAGUUGCUGUUUCGUAAUUUGCCUGGCAUUCUUUGUGAGGCGUAUCUCAUAGAAACCCAGUAUUUCCAUUACAACAUUGUGGAGUUUUUCUUGUUUAGUUGGACAUUUCCUGAUGGGUAUAUUCCGUUCUUAGUUUUUAUUGUUCCGAUUGGCGAUGGAAUUCUCAGUGGAUUGUCGUCUCCUUGAAGUCUGGGAUGACCGAGAUCGAUUGAUUCAGCAUCAUCGGAAAUCAUUGGGGCUGGAUCAGAAACUCCCCCAACUGCGAGAGCCAAAUCACGGCGUAACAGAGAAAGUUCAUGGCGGACGGGUGCCAGACUUUCACGGAACGCAGCACGCACUGAAGCUUCAAAGGAGUCUGAAACUUGCGCGGCCAUGACAGCGAGAUGAUAGGAUCACAAAUCUCAGGACCCUAUCUCAACCUGCAAGCUGCAAUAGAAAUGGUAAAUGGAGAAGAUGAAGUAGAAGGGAGCAGGGCUCCAAUAUAUUUUUGUGUUUGCAUUUUUUUCUGUAAAAACUGUUCUGAUUACAAUACUGAGAACUCCAUUGCGGCUGCAAAACAAGGAUCAAGUUUUGAAGCAGAAGUGAUAUGCAUGAACAGAAGCAAAACAAAAACUUGCAGCAAAUGUAGGUGUCGAUGAAAAACAUUGUAAGUUGACUCAAAGACAUAGAAAGUUAAAGUUAACAGGAGGAGUAAACUUUGGAGUCCAAAUUGGUUGCUCAAAGUCUACGGAAACUUCUUGGAUAUCUCUGUCGUU